AUGAAGAUCAGAAGUACGGAACUCUUAUAUCUGCUAGCAGGCACUAGAAUAGCCGUAGCAUGGGAGCAUUCCAGCGAGGAUGAGUUUCGUCGAGCUAUAGCCGGUCAUAACCAUGCUCUAGUUGCUUUUAUAGAACCAACAACAGCCGCCAGCCAAGUUCUAGAACCAGAAUGGACGUCUGCGGCGGAGUCAGAGAAGAAAUCUCUAAUAAGCGUAGACUGCGCUUCGGCUGCAAGCUUGUGUAAGGAGUUCGAUGUCAUCUCAUAUCCCGCCUUACGAUUUUUCGAUGGCCAUGGGAAGAUGACACCGUACCGAGGCCCUAGGAGGAGAUCCUCGAUACUCUCAUAUCUAAAAAGGGCGGUGCGUCCCACCGUUAUGGUCUUAAACUCCGAAAAGAAGGCUGUAGCAUUCCAGUCCAGUGAUGACUACGCAGUCGUCGCGCGGAUAAACCCGCAAGACCAGCAUGUCAAGAUCUUGUACGAUACACUCGCCUCCCAGUACCGAGACCGCUUGUCUUUUGGAUCAGCGGAAACAGAUAAAACGACAACAGUGACGUGCUACAAUAACCGCGACAGCCAACAAUUCACUAUUUCAGACUUAACGGCUAUUGACGCUCUGCCUCAGCUCAUUGAGAAUUGCCUCACACCCGUGAUCGGAGAGUUUACUCGGACGAACGAAAUGAAGUACCUUCAGUCCGGCAAGUCGCUCGUCUUCUACUUCUCCUCGUCAUUUGCGGAGCGGGAAACGUACGUGGCGGCCAUGCGGUCCGUAGCCAAGAUGUACAAAGAAUAUCUAAGCUUCGUGACGGUAGAUGCCAACGAAUACGGAGACCUAGCCGCGCCCCUGGGCCUGGUGCCCGGCAUUUUUCCCGCGCUGUCGGUACAGAAUCCUAUGUUCGGCAAGGUAUUCCCGUAUCCUCGAGGACGGGAUAUCGCACCCGAAGUUGUAGGCGCGUUCCUAAUGGAUAUCGGCCAAGGCAAGGUUGAGCCAUGGGAUGGGACGAUGAGCGCAGAUGGAGGGCGUGCACACGAUGAACUAUGA